AUGAACGCCGAGGCACUCUCGCUCUCGCUCGCUCUCUCUCGCUCUGCCACUGCGAGCGAGCCACGCAAAAUCCUUCCCCUCGCCUCGCCCCGGCAAAACUCCUCCUCCCUCGCCCUCCCCUUCCCGGCCGGGCCUCCCUCCCCUCCCUUCCCUCCGCCUGCCCGACCCUGCCCGGUCUCUCCCUCUCUCUACCUCUCUCUCUCUCUCGGUCACAAGCUCUCGCACGUUGCCAGGAGCGUGCGCCCAAUUAGGGCACGCCUUUUUGGCCCAUUUUCGCCCCCUCGGAAUUGCAUUUUCAAGCUUGCCCCCGCGGACCGCUGGGUCCUGACCGACUGCCUGACAGCCCCACUGCCCCCGUCGCCGGAUCCAGGUUCAAAUCCCUGCGCAUCGCCCCGCUCCGUCAGCGAUCUCCGUCGGCCCGAUGUUCUUUUGAAUCACGAACUGGAUGGAGCGGACAGAUUAUGGUCUCUUCUCGUCGGGACACGUGGCCGGAGACGGAUGCCUCGAGUCAAUCCGUUACACAGAUUUUUAAGAGUCUCCCGGAUCCUGGACCGGUCCUUCGACCUCCGCCCGCUGCCCGAGCGACACAUUUUUCCCGCCGCGGAUCAACACUCUCUCUGCCCGUCUCUAAAUUCGUUCCAAAUUAAAGCUGCUCCCAAGUUUGGCGGGCGUGUAGACUAG